AUCAUGGCAAUCGUCGCCGCCAUGUUCCUCAUCUCAGCCGUCCUCUCUCUCUACUCUCGCAAAUGCUCCGACCGGCAAUCGCAGACACGUGGCAACAGGCUCGACCUCGCCGCUCCUACCGGCGCAGGCGGUAACCCGUCGAAUGCCGAAUCCAACGGCCUCGACCAAGCCACCAUAGAAACCUUCCCCACGUUCCUCUACUCCGACGUGAAGGGUCUCAAAAUCGGAAACGACACGCUGGCAUGCGCCGUGUGCUUGAACGAGUUCCAAGACGAGGAAACCCUCCGCAUGAUCCCCAAGUGCUGCCACGUGUACCACUCCGAUUGCAUCGACGUUUGGUUAGCCUCCCACUCCACGUGCCCGGUUUGUCGCGCCAACCUCGUUCCACAACCCGAAGACAUAAACAUGCCUCCGAUGUUGUCCAUUCAGAUACCCGAUGAUGAGGAACGUGACCACGAACAUGAACAUCAAAGUGAACAUGACAUUAGUGAAGAACAUAAGAGAGAGAGUGACGCGGAAUCACCAAUGGUGGACUUGCUUCGUAGGGUUCGCUCGUUGCAUCAGAGCCGUCCAUCAUUGUCGAGAUCAACGGGGUUUCUAUCUUCGCUUUUGUUUCCGCGGUCGAACUCGUUGGGUCAAUUGGUGCAGCCUGGGGAGAACUAUGAGAGGUUUACGCUACGGUUACCCGAGGAGGUACGAAGCCAGAUGAUGAACUCGACGCUGAAGCGUGCGAAGAGUUGCGUGUGCUUUACGAGAAUGAGCAGUGACACGCGGGGGUAUAGGACGAGAAGCGUGGGAAGUGGACGUGGGAGAGGGUGUGUGCAGUAUGAGAGGUUUGGUGGUGAGGUACAGUGGGGUUUCCCUUUGACGCCACCGAGUCUCGUUAGGAAUAACGGUUGGAACAGAUCCAUGAAAAAAUCACAGGUUCAGCGUUCGGGUGUGGCUUUCGAUAAUAAUCUUGCUGGUGAACGAUCCUCUGAUUUCUUGCGUCUUGCUCCAUAGAAGU